GGUGCCUGCGCGCUCCCGGCUGCGCGAUCAUUCUCCAGGUGUUCAGGUUGUAACAAACGUCUAAUCCGGCAAUUCAAGGCAACAUUUCCGACUGAUUUGAGGAGAAUUUCGUGCCGUUUUUUUUCGGGGAGGAUUCUGUUAAAAAAACGGACUUCAUUUCCUUCCAAAUGAGAUCUUCCUUCCGUCAAGUUUGCCGCGUCGAGGAGAUGCGUAAAGUUUGCGGAGACUUCCCUCGGAUCUUUUUAGCUGAUGAGAACAUAGCGUUUGACCACGCGCCCAGUGUUUCAGAUCGAAACGAGCGUGGAUUUUGAUAAAACCGAGACAUAAACUCGCUGGAUUUUUUUUUUUUAGAGACGCGCACAUUAAAAGUUGUUCCGAGUUGAAUGCGAGGCUCCGAUAAGCGGAUGGAAUAACAAAGAUGCUGACUGUUUGCAGCCCGUGCACCUGACUCGCUAAAUAAAUGGAUGAUUGUCUAUUAGAAUUUAAAUCAUCCGAAUGAUAGACUCGUUUAAAUGGUGGAUAUGGAGUAAGUAGGAGUCCGCAACUUUUUUUAGGGAAUCUUGCCUCGAAAAGCUGUCGCUGGACUGAAGAAUGGCUCGCUUUGGAGACGAGUCCGCUCCCGCCACGGUGGAUUCCGGGGACGGGGACGUGGAGCGCGCCGGCGACGGGCAGGACGCGGCGGCGGCGGGACUCACGGCUUCCAUGAAACAAGCCAAGGCGCAGCGGGCCCGGACCAUGGCUCUGUACAACCCCGUCCCGCACCAGCAGAACUGCCUCACCGUCAACAGGUCACUCUUCAUAUUUGCAGAGGACAAUAUCAUUAGGAAAUACGCCCGGAGAAUCAUUGAAUGGCCACCGUUUGAGUACAUGAUUCUCGCCACCAUCACGGCCAACUGUGUGGUCCUGGCCCUGGAGCAGCACCUCCCAGGAGAGGACAAGACCCCCAUGGCCAAGAGACUGGAGAUAACGGAGCCGUACUUCAUCGGGAUCUUCUGCUUCGAGGCCGGGAUCAAGCUGGUGGCCCUCGGCUUCGUGUUCCACAAGGGCUCCUACCUGAGGAACGGCUGGAACGUCAUGGACUUCAUCGUCGUCCUGAGCGGGAUCCUGGCCACCGCCGGCGCCCACAUGAACAUCCCGGUCGACCUUCGCACCCUGAGGGCCGUGCGAGUGCUGAGGCCUCUGAAGCUGGUCUCUGGGAUCCCCAGCCUGCAGAUCGUGCUGAAGUCCAUCAUGAAGGCCAUGAUCCCGCUGCUCCAGAUCGGCCUCCUGCUGUUCUUCGCCAUCCUCAUGUUCGCCAUCAUCGGCCUGGAGUUCUACAGCGGGAAGCUCCACCAAACCUGCCUGCCGUCUGUCGACAUCCUCGACAACGAGACCGUGGACUCGUCGGAGCUGGCGUUCGCCUGUGGGGUGAGGAGGUGUCCGGAGAAGUACGACUGCAACGACACCUGGAUCGGCCCCAACGACGGCAUCACGCAGUUCGACAACAUCCUGUUCGCCGUCCUCACCGUCUUCCAGUGCAUCACCAUGGAGGGAUGGACGGCCGUGCUCUACAACACCAACGACGCCCUGGGCGUAACGUGGAACUGGAUGUACUUCAUUCCCCUCAUCAUCAUCGGCUCCUUCUUCGUCCUCAACCUGGUGCUGGGUGUCCUGUCGGGAGAGUUCGCCAAGGAGAGGGAGCGGGUGGAGAACCGGCGGGCCUUCAUGAAGCUGCGGCGCCAGCAGCAGGUGGAGAGGGAGCUCAACGGCUACCGGGCCUGGAUAGACAGGGCAGAGGAGGUCAUGCUGGCGGAGGAGAACAAGAACUCGGGCAGGUCGCCGCUGGACGUGCUGAAGAGGGCGAGUAAGAAGACGGGGGCGCGUCGAGGGGCCCCGGGGGACGACAAGUACACCGACAUGUCCACAGCCAGCAUGUCCCGGUCCAGGAUGAACUUCCGCAGCGGGCGCCGCGGCCCCGCCGCCUACCUGCGGCGCAAGGAGCGCAUGCUGCGCAUCUCCAUCCGCCGCAUGGUGAAGACGGACACCUUCUACCUGAUGGUGCUCAGCCUGGUGGCGCUCAACACCAUCUGCGUGGCCAUCGUCCACCACAACCAGCCCGACUGGCUCACCGUCUUCCUGUACUAUGCAGAGUUCGUUUUCCUGGGGCUGUUUCUGGCCGAGAUGUUUCUGAAGAUGUACGGCCUGGGCUUUCGACUCUACUUCCACUCGUCCUUCAACUGCUUCGACUGCGGGGUCAUUGUCGGGAGCAUCUUCGAGGUGGUCUGGGGCUUCUUCAGGCCCGGCAUGUCCUUCGGGAUCAGCGUGCUGAGGGCGCUGAGGCUCCUGAGGAUCUUUAAGAUCACCAAGUACUGGGCCUCCCUCAGGAACCUGGUGGUGUCGCUCAUGAGCUCCAUGAAGUCCAUCAUCAGCCUGCUGUUCCUCCUCUUCCUCUUCACGGUGGUGUUCGCCCUGCUGGGGAUGCAGCUGUUCGGAGGAAGGUUCAUCUUUGAGGACUACACUCCCACCAACUUUGACACUUUUCCAGCCGCCAUCAUGACCGUGUUUCAGAUUCUGACGGGCGAGGACUGGAACGAGGUGAUGUACAACGGCAUCCGCUCGCAGGGCGGCGUGCAGUACGGCAUGUGGUCGUCCAUCUACUUCAUCGUGCUCACGCUGUUCGGUAACUACACCCUGCUGAACGUCUUCUUGGCCAUCGCCGUGGACAACCUGGCCAACGCCCAGGAGCUCACCAAGGAUGAAGAGGAGGAAGAGGAGUUCUUCAACCAGCGCUAUGCCAGAGGCAGAGACGGCUUGAUAUCUGAUGGGAGAAGGAGGCCCUACCUGUACAGGAAGCGGGCCAUCCACCGCGGUCGUCCCACCUUCCCGGACGAGCCCGAAGGUCCGGCGGAGGCCGCGGACGAGCAGCCGCUCGGCGGCUCCAACGCCUUCGCCAACCGCCGCGAGAGGCGGCGGAAGGUGAACAUGUCGGUGUGGGAGCAGCGGGCCAACCAGCUACGCAAGCGCCGCCAGAUGGCCAGCAGGGAGGAGCUGUUCGGCAGCCCCACGGAGGACACGGCGGAGACCCCCACCAUCCCCCACCACGCCCCCGCGCUCUCGCCGGAGGUCAGCCCGGCCCACCUGCCCGAGUCGCCCAUGUCCGUGGGGAUGCCCCUCCCCGAGCCCCCCAUGUCCGCCUCCAUCCCGGAGCCCCCGGCGGCCGAGCCGCUCGUCAACAUUGGCGAGGAGAAAGUGGGCGGGGCCAACCACCGGGCGGCGGGCGGAGGCCGGCACCGCAUGGCCCGCAAGUUCCGGCCGGGUCAGGGCCCCGACGAGGGCGCGCGGCACCGGCGCCACCGCCACCGCGAGGCCCGCUCCGAGGCCAAGAGCCUGGACUGCGUGCAGGCGCCGCACGAGGUGCCGCAGGUGCGGAGGUCCAUGAGUCAGGAGAGGAAGGUGCUGGACGAGCGGGAGGAGAAGGAGGAGAAGGAGGAGGGAGAGAGAGCGGACGCGGACGGAGGGUCGCUGCAGGACGACUGUGGAGCGUGCAUCGUCAACCCGUAUGCAGAGGUCGGGGAGGAGUGUAGAAGAGCCGCUGUGUCUGGCGCCGACGUCCCCGACCCGACUCCGCUGCUGGACCGCCCCUGGUCCGAGGGCGACCAGGACCAGGAGCCGCUGAGCCGGGGCGUCCCGGUGGAGCCGGCGCCGGAGGCCACGGAGUGCGCCGCGGAGCCCGAGAGCCGCCGGGUGUCCGUCAAACGGGUCAGGAGCGGCGCCGAGGGCAGCGUGGUCAUCGAGAUGUCGGCGCAGCCGCUGCUGGAGCUCACUCCCAUGACAGUGACCAGUAAAGAGUUGGAGGUUUACCAGUCAGAAAAAGACAAGGAAGAGGAAACGGAGGAGGAGGAGGAGGAGGAGCCUCCGCUUCCACCCAAACCCGUGGCUCCAGACAGCAUGUUCAUCUUCAAGGCCUCCAACCCCAUCAGGAGGAUCUGCCACUAUGUGGUCACGCUGCGUUACUUCGAGAUGACCAUCCUCCUGGUGAUCGUGGCCAGCAGCAUCGCUCUGGCCGCCGAGGACCCAGUGUGCACGAACUCAGACCGAAACAAGGUCCUCCGGUACUUCGAUUACGUCUUCACCGGAGUGUUCACCUUUGAAAUGAUCAUUAAGAUGAUAGACCAGGGGCUCAUCAUGCACGACGGCUCCUAUUUCCGAGACAUGUGGAACAUCCUGGACUUCAUCGUGGUGGUGGGAGCUCUGAUUGCCUUCGCCUUAACGAAUGUUAUGGGGAACAACAAAGGCCGCGACAUCAAGACGAUCAAGUCUCUGCGGGUGCUCCGGGUGCUGCGGCCUCUCAAGACCAUCAAGCGACUCCCCAAACUCAAGGCUGUGUUCGACUGCGUGGUCACGUCGCUGAAGAACGUCUUCAACAUCCUCAUCGUGUACCAGCUCUUCAUGUUCAUCUUCGCUGUCAUCGCCGUGCAGCUCUUUAAGGGGAAGUUCUUCUACUGCACUGACAGCUCCAUGAAUACUGAGAAAGAGUGUCAAGGCUUCUACAUCGACUACAGCAGGGACAAAAAGGAGGUGAAGAGGAGAGAGUGGAAGAGACACGAGUUUCACUACGACAACGUCUGCUGGGCUCUGCUCACGCUCUUCACUGUGUCGACCGGAGAAGGAUGGCCUCAGGUCCUGCAGCACUCCACGGACGUCACCGAGGAGAACAUGGGGCCAAGUCGGGGCAACCGCAUGGAGAUGUCCAUUUUCUAUGUGGUCUACUUCGUCGUCUUCCCGUUCUUCUUCGUCAACAUCUUCGUGGCUUUGAUCAUCAUCACCUUCCAGGAGCAGGGCGACAAGAUGAUCCAGGAGUGCAGCCUGGAGAAAAACGAGAGGGCCUGCAUCGACUUCGCCAUCAGCGCCAAGCCGAUGACGCGCUACAUGCCCCAGAACCGGCAGACGUUUCAGUACCGCCUGUGGCACUUUGUGGCGUCGCCCUCCUUUGAGUACACGGUGCUGGUCAUGAUCGCCCUGAACACUGUCGUCCUCAUGAUGAAGUACCACUCGGCCCCGACAGCGUACGACACCGUCCUCAAACACCUGAACACGGCCUUCACCGUCCUCUUCUCCAUGGAGUGUAUACUCAAGAUCAUGGCCUUUGGCUUUGUGAAUUACUUUCGGGACACUUGGAACAUCUUCGAUUUCAUCACCGUUCUUGGCAGCAUCACGGAGAUAAUUGUGGAUUUACAGUCGGUGAACACCAUCAACAUGAGCUUCCUGAAGCUCUUCCGGACGGCCCGGCUGAUCAAGCUGCUGAGGCAGGGCUACACCAUCCGCAUUCUGCUGUGGACCUUUGUCCAGUCGUUCAAGGCGCUUCCUUACGUCUGCCUGCUCAUCGCUAUGCUUUUCUUCAUAUAUGCUAUAAUUGGAAUGCAGGUGUUUGGAAACAUCAAGCUGAACGACGAGAGUCACAUUAAUCAGCACAACAACUUCAAGACGUUCUUCAGCGCGCUGAUGCUUCUGUUCAGGAGCGCGACGGGGGAGUCCUGGCAGGAGAUCAUGCUGUCCUGUCUGUCGGGGCAGGAGUGCGAACCCGACCCCUCCAUCGCUCCCCUCACCAUGUCGCCGGACCACGAGGGAGGCUGUGGCACCGACUUCGCCUACUGCUACUUUGUGUCGUUCAUCUUCUUCAGCUCGUUCCUGAUGCUAAAUCUUUUCGUGGCUGUGAUCAUGGAUAACUUUGAGUACCUGACCCGAGACUCCUCUAUCCUGGGUCCCCAUCAUUUGGACGAGUUUGUGCGCAUCUGGGGCGAGUACGACCGCCUGGCGUGUGGUCGCAUCCACUACACAGCUAUGUAUGAGAUGUUAACGCACAUGUCUCCACCCCUGGGUCUGGGCAAAAAGUGUCCUGCUAAGAUCGCAUAUAAGAGGCUGGUGUUGAUGAACAUGCCGGUGGAUGAAGACAUGAGCGUCCACUUCACGUCCACGUUGAUGUCCCUCAUCCGCACGGCGCUGGACAUCAAAAUCGCUCGAGGGGGCGAGGACCGCAUCGCUCUGGAUACUGAGCUGCAGAAGGAGAUCAGCAUCAUUUGGCCGUAUCUGCCCCAGAAGAACCUGGACCUGCUGGUGCCCAUCAACAAAGAUACGGACAUGACGGUGGGGAAGAUCUACGCCUCCAUGAUGAUAAUGGACUACUUCAAGCAGAACAAGGCCAAGAAGCUCCGGCAGCAGCUGGAGGCUCAGAAGAGCAACUUGAUGUUCAAGCGUCUGGACGCGGCGGCGCUCCCAGAGGACAUCCUGUCCAACACCCAGCCGCUGCCCAUGAUGGCGCACAGCGCCGGCUCGGCCCUGACCCGGGGCGGCUUCGUGGCCCUGAGCCCCAUCUCGCCUCAGGAGCUGUUUUUGCAGCCCAUGAGCUCCGAAAACGAGGCCGGUCAACAGCAGAAUGUGGUGGGCGAGUGCAGUAGGGGGAUUGAAGCCCCACUGGAGCUCCCACUAGGGAGGGGCCUAUGUGUGCGGGCCUCUUCCGUGCCCCGUCUGGCUGUAGAGUUGCAGCAGACGGAGGUGGCCAGCGGCUCCAUUAAGCGCUCGGCAUCCACGGUUGGGGAUCAGCGGGUGAACGGCCUUUGGCAGGAGGAGAAGAGUCCCGAGCGGGUGUAUCGACCUCGUCACAAGAGCUACAAGGCUGCAGUCUCCCGAUCUGAACACUGGCAGCAGAGCAACAGGGAGCGCGGCCGGUCCAAGGAGCGCUGCCACCUCCUCUCCCCCGACACGUCUCGCUGCAACUCGGAGGAGCGAAGUCGGCAGCCGUCGCGGUCCUCCAGCGUGGAGAGAGCGUAUCCCCAAGACAAGCAGGGAAACAGCUCGGACAGUCCGGUGCCGUCCACUUCAGAGUCCAGCACCCCCAGCGGCCGACGACCACUGUCUCAAACCCCCACCCGCUCCCGACCUCACAUCUCCUACUCGCCCCUCGUGUGUCACACGCAAGCCUCCAUCGGCGAAGACGAGGACGAGCGGGGCAGCCCGGAGACCAUGAGGAGGCGCAAGCCCGCCUGGGACGUCCAGGAGGGCGGCAAAGGAGAGAGGAGGGGCGAGGCCGGGCGCCACCCGUCCCCGCCGCGCCGCUACCCAUCCGAGCCCUUCCUGGCCUCGCAGGACGACGACCACAGCCCAGACCCCACCGGUCCGAUGGAGACGUUGACCUUCGAGGCGGCCGUGGCCUGCAGCCUCGGGCGCUCCAACACCAUCAGCUCGGCGCACCCCCGCUUGCGAACUGGCUGGCAGGUCCCCAACGGACACUUCCGCAAGCGCCUGGCACAGACGACCUCGGUGGCGGGCUGCGAUCCUCUCAGCGACACAGAGGAGGACGACCGGUGCUAGGGACGCGAGCGACGACGCGCGGGGGCUGUUGGGGUGGGGGGUGAGGACGCUGUACAAUCAAGAGCAAAGCGAAGGUGACUCUCUUCGCGUCAGUGGUUUGAAGUCGCUCACUGACGUUUGAUCCGUCGCCCAAGAACAGUACUUCCUGAAACUGUAGUUGCCAAUUCACACAGAACACUGACAAUUAAUAAGGUCUAUUUCCUAAUGCGUACUUGAUAAUAGAGUACUCGUACAGCUCCGGUAGUCACAGGAUGCAGGAAAUAAAUCAAAUGAACUGAUCAAAUUACAGUCUGUCAUAAGUGUCAAUAUAAGGUUCUUUAAUUUCUAAAGAUGUUUCUAAAAGAUUCAGUGUUGCUCUGAACAGUGUUUCUCUGUAGGGUGUGUGAAUAUGUAACUACAUUUUCUUAUCAAUUAAUUGUUUUGUAAAUACUGUGAUCGCACCAUCACACCAUUGCCAUUUAUUAGACCAGGUCAAUAAAAGCCAUCAUGGACCGGUGACCUAAUACUUUACCAGACGAUGUGGAUUUUAAUAAGUAACACUCAAUAAUGCUGGAUUUUUUUACAGUAUGAAUGAAUGUGCAUGGGGGAAACUGCCUGAUUUCCCUCGUCAUUUUCCUUUUUGGUAUUGAACCUAAUAAGUUGUUAGAUAUGAAUAACAUUAUAGAAUAAUAACAAUGAAGACAUGCUUAUUUGUUAUCGCCCCGCAUUUUUGUUAAACCAUGGCUAGUCUAAACUUAACCCUUUUAAAAUUCCAUUAAAACCUUUUGUUGUUUUUAAUUUCUCAGUAAGGACAUUUUAAGUGAGGACGUUCUAACAAUUAUAUUUGAUUUUGAACGUGUUGGACAUCAUUUUACCAUGAAAAAAUAAUAUUUCAUCUAUCUUCACCUUUUUCUUUCUUGUGAAGUUGUAUGAACCAUUGCAGAUGAUGACUGUAGAAACACUGUAGACGCAUUUUGCUUCACAAAUUAACAUCGCUCUAUUACUUACUAAUAAUGUACAGAGAAAUUAUGCUGUUUGUAACAUUUAGAGAAAAAAUACCAGUAUCACUUGACAAGCUUUAAAGGUAAAGGAAUCUUUGAAAAUGUUCAUUUUAGGAUUUGUGUAUUUGUUUUAUUUGCCUGAUAAAGGGCAAUUCUGUGAAACUCACCUAACCAAAAAAACAUGGAGAUUUGUAUCAUAUGUUCCUGGAAUGCAAACACCUUGUGGGUUUUUAUGUGUACUAUAGCUGUAUAUACAAUAAAGGUGUCCUCAAGUGA